UUCGGUCAUGCAGGGAUUCAUUAUGCACGCCACAAUUGCAAUCUGGGGUGGCCAGGCGCGGCAUCUAACGACAUACAGACAGGCUCCCGCCUGAACGAACGCAGAGAUGGCGGAACGCCGAUCCACCUUGGGUCCAGCUUGCAGCACGAUGUGAACCAAUGCAGUGGACGCGCGUUUCCCAUCUUCUACUUCGAUAUCUAGCUGCAUCUCAUUGUUAGGUUAGGGAGCCCCAGGAAUCUGACAGGAUAAGCUGUUGGAAGCUUGUGAGUCAGUGAUUAGCCGGGAACUCUCGCGGUUGAUGGAUGGAAGACGAGCCAUCGCCACCCAACCAUGCCGUCUCCCACGGGAGCCCGCAGGAUGAAAGGACAGCAACCGCCGCUCUUCACGUGCCGGAUGACACACUAAAUGCAGAUGGAUGCAAUACUGCUGGACGCUGUACUGCGAAUGCGGUAGAAGGUCGACAAGACUUCCAUGUCACGGAUGCUCCGCCCUUCUGGACUCGCCAUGGCCGCAGCGUCUCAUCUGUCAGCUACCACUCAAUCAACGGGCAACGUCCUGCGCCCAUCACGCUCGAGGAUCGCUCCUUCGAGGAGAACGAAGUGACCCAAGGUUGCUGGGCCAAGUCUGUCAGCAUUGAUGACUUCACCAUCGUUUCGGGCGCCACUGGGAUCGGUGCCUACGUGGUCUGGCAUUGCACCGUCGCGACACUGAAGGGGGGUGAUCUGGAAAUGCGCAAGCGCUACUCGGAGUUUGACAGACUUAGGACAGACUUGGUGCGAGCAUUCCCGCAUGCAGAGGCUAUGAUCCCACAGUUGCCACGAAAGAGCACAGUCAGCAGGUUCAGGCCGAGGUUUCUUGAAUCCAGGAAAGCUGGCCUGGCGCAUUUCAUGAACUGUGUUCUGCUUAAUCCCGAAUUCGCGGCGAGUCCGAUACUCAAGGACUUCAUUUUUUCGUGAGAUGUCAUUCAAGUGGCGAUGUUGGGGUACCCUGCUGGCUGCCCUUUGCUGGCCAUGCUGCGGCUUGAUCGGACGACAGCUGGCGGACGACCUCCAGUCUUUUAGAUACUACCGCUGUGUACUAUGAUCCGUGUGAAGCGUUUCCGGCAUUGGUCAGAGGCCGAUGACGCCAGUACUUCUAUCUGGUAGCGAAUGGCGGAGAUGCGCAGGGAGUGCUCACGGUCAUGGCGGUGCCAUGGGAGGUGCGCAUUCACACAAGCCCAGCUAAGAUGGUUGAGGUAUUAACUUGCUGACUGGCAGUGCCACGUUGUGCAGGGGCGAUGCAUUGGGGCAGACGGACGAAGUAUGAGUGGCGAGAAUGAGGAUCACAGAAUGUU